AUGUCCUCCCACUUGAUCGCAACGGAGCUAUAUCCUGCAUUUGGAGUCAAAGCUAUUCUGUAUCCUGGUGCCAUUGCCAAAGCAUAUAUCAAGAACAAAACCUUCCCCAGCUAUAGUAAAUUGUCACAGCUAUAUAACUUGACCAAUUUGAGGAAAACCCCAGCAUCAACUGAUCUCCAGCACCUGGAGAUUCUGGCAGGAAGCUACUUAACAGUGGGAGGAGCCGUAUUAGGUCUCAUAAGACCGGGUAGAAUGAGCCUCUUUGGAACACUACUUAUCUUAUGGGGCUUUGUGAGAGAAGUACUCAUCCUGAAAAAAUCUGCUAAUAUGAAUUCCGCAAGAAGUAUUCAUAUCUACCCAGUAACAAUGUCCAUUGCUGUGCUUUGUUCUUUCUUGAAUAUAAGAAAGGAUGUUAGAAAGCUAAUACGUUGUUGCAGAUCAACUCGGCGAAGUGGAAAGUCUCUGCGGUUUAAAGCAAAAAUUAUGUGA